AUGAUAAUUCUAGCUAUUGAAACGAGUUGCGAUGAAACUAGUAUAGCGAUUCUCGAAAACAAAAAAGUUCUUAGUAAUGUUACGGUCUCACAAAUACUAGAGCAGCAAAAGUAUGGUGGGGUAAUGCCAAAUUUGGCCGCCAAACUGCACAUCAAAAAUAUUCAAAAAGUUCUUUUUCAGGCCUUGAAAGAAGCACAAAAAUCUCCUUUAGAAAUUGAUUACAUUGCCUAUACCGAAAAACCGGGUUUGAUUAUUUGUCUGCAAAUUGGCAAAAUAAUCGCCGAAACUCUUGGUUUGUAUUUAAAUAAACCUAUUCUUCCUUGUAAUCAUCUGGAGGGACAUAUCUAUGCUAGUCUAUUAGACAAAAAAGAAGAAUGGGGAUUUACUGCCUUAGCCCUAAUUGUUAGUGGUGGCCACACUCAAAUUUAUCAAGUAAACAAUCACUCUGAUUUUGUUCUUUUAGGAGAAACUUUGGAUGAUGCUGCAGGUGAAUGCCUAGACAAAUCAGCAAUUUUGUUAGGUUAUACUUAUCCAGGAGGACCGAUUAUUGAAAAAUUAGCACUUGAUGGUCAGAAUACUUACCAACUACCUUUUCCUAAAAACGACAACAGCCUGGAUUUUAGUUUCAGCGGCUUGAAAAGCGAAAUAGGAAGACUAGUAAAAACUAAAAACAUAAAUGUCCGCGACUUGGCUUGCUCUUUGCAAAACAUUUUAGCAGAAAUUUUAGUAAAAAAAUUAAAAAAAGCUUGA